UCAACUUCCAAAUCUCCAAAUCCCUAUCCCUCUCAUCUAUCAGCCAUUUUUAGCCUCAUUGAUUUGCACCUUUGUUUUCUUUUUCUUUACCAAAUACCAACCAUUCAUGGAGAAAUUAAAAUGAAAAUGAAAUACAAGGGUUGAUGGAAAAUGGGUGAAAUUGCGGCAAGUUUUUUUACUCCGUGCCAGCCGCAGGUGCUGCUUGGGCAUUAUAGUAGUGGGAAAUGGAAGGGAAAGCUCAAGAAGAAAGAUUGGCAAUGCCAUGCAUUGGCUGAACCAUUUAUCAAGAAUCAGAUGGCAACCAAACCUGCCACCUACUCUUCAAGAAUCUCUACUGAUAUCCCACUCUACGAGUCUCCUGGAGCUUCCUUUGAUAGAUAUUUGGAGGAUAAGCCCAGAGUUUUCAAAGCAAUGUUUCCUGACAAACGUAGGAGUCAACUACUUAAUGAGGAUGAGUGGAGAAUUCAGAUGUUGCCCAUUAAUUUCUUUUUCCUUGCUGUCUUGCCGACUGUAGACAUGAGGUUGAGAUCUAAAUCAGGAGGAAGAGAUUACCCUCCAGGAGUUCCCAAAAAUAUCACAAAAGUUCUAGAGCUCGAUAUUACAAGAUGGCAACUUGAAGGGCUUGACAAUGUUCUUGAGCCAUCUCAUUUUUCCCUUGGAGUAAAAGGAGCAUUAUAUGCUGAUAGAUUAGGAACAAGAACCCGGCUUAAAGGUCAAUUAGAGAUGAAUAUAACCUUUGUUCUUCCUCCUGUGCUUGCUUUGAUUCCUGAAGAUAUUCGCAGGAACGUUGCAGAGUUGGUGCUGAGAAGAUUGGUGCAGGACAUGAAGCGUAAAGUUAAUGGUAGCUUGCUUGCAGAUUAUAGUGAAUUCAUAAGGGAGAGACCUAAGAAUUAGGUCUAACUGUUUGAGCUGUUGACUGGAUCUUAUGGUUUAUUAGAGAAGUGAAAGCUGGUGGCACAUAAUGCAGCCUAGUGAAGCACAGCAGGGAACCUAGAAGAAAGAGAGGAUGUUAGAGGGAGAGGUCUAGAACCCCUUGACUGUAGUUAAGCAUUCAUUAUUUUAACAUCCUUAAUUGAAGCAACUUGAAUAUAGCAGAUGUAUUGAAAUUCAAGAAUGAUAAUUGAAAAUUUCAUGAGCAAGAAUAUGUACUUGAAAAUUUUAAGAUGGGCAUUUGCAUUCAUUUUAUUGUGCUA